AUGCCCGCGCCUGCGGAACGUGAGCGGGAUGUUUUGGAGACUCCUGAGAUUGUCAGGUGGGCUGUGGGCCAGGGCGGCAAUAGAGUAGCCCAGAUGGGGAGCCAGGAGCUGGAGAGGGGACAGCCCCCUCCAGCCAUCAAGGAGGACAUCACUACCUGUGCUUGCAGGGCCAGCCCCGUUCUGGGCCACAGCACAUGCUGUGAGAGAGGGAACCUAGGUGCCAGGUCCCCCACCUCAUUCCCCAUGAAUGCUGCGAAAAGUCCCGAAAGGCAGGAGCUGCCAAAGCCUGAGAGCGAGCCUGGGACAGCCCUGCCUGCAGUGGUCCCCCCUCCCCACACGGGAAGCCGAGGAUCUGCACCAUCUCCAGUGCGGUGCCUCCCCAGCCUCAACCCAAGAAGCCUGAAGACGCGAGCCUGGGACAGCCCUGCCUGCAGUGGUCCCCCCUCCCCACACGGGAAGCCGAGGAUCUGCACCAUCUCCAGUGCGGUGCCUCCCCAGCCUCAACCCAAGAAGCCUGAAGACGGUGCUCUGCAGAAGGCACACGGGCCCCUGCAGUCCAGCUGCUGCCUCCAGAUCCCCCGCAUCAUCAGAGGACUCUGGGGAACAACCCUGACUGAGAACACAGCUGAGAACCCGGAGCUUUACGUCAAGACCACCCUGCAGGAGCUUUUGGUGUACAUUGUGUUCCUGGUGGACAUCUGUCUUGUGACCUAUGGAAUGACAAGCUCCUGUGCCUAUUACUAUGCCAAAGUGAUGUCUUAGCUCUUCUUACACACUCCAUCAGACACUGGAGUCUCCUUCCAGGCCAUCAGCAGCAUGGUGGACUUCUGGGAUUUUGCCCAGGGCCCCUACUGGACCAAAUGGUACAACAACCAGAGCCUGGGCCGAGGCUCCCACUCCUUCAUCUACUAUGACAAUCUGCUGCUGGGGGCUCCAAGGCUGUGGCAGCUGAGGGUCCGCAAUGACUCCUGUGUGGUACAUGAGGACUUCCGUGAGGACAUUUUGAGCUGCUACAAUGUCUACUCUCCCAACAAGGAGGAGCAGCUCCCUUUCGGGACCCUCAAAGGCACAGUGUGGACAUACCACUCACAGGACGAGCUGCGAGGUUCCUCUCUCUGGGGCCAGCUCACAAGCUACAGUGGAGCUGGCUACUACCUGGACCUUCCAGGAUCCUGACAGGCCAGUGCGGAGGCAUUCCAGGACUUUCAGGAGGGCCUGUGGCUAGACACGGGCACCCAGGUGGUCUUCAUAGAUUUCUCAGUCUACAAUGCCAGCAUCAAUCUUUUCUGUGUUCUGAGACUGGUGGUGGAGUUUCCAGCUACAGGAGGUGUCAUCCCAUCCUGGCAAAUACGAACAGUGAAGCUGAUCCACUAUGUCAGCAACUGGGACUUCUUUAUCAUUGGCUGUGAGAUCAUCUUCUGUGUCUUCAUCUUCUACUACAUGGUAGAGGAGGUCUUGGAGCUCCACAUCCACCGGCUUCAUUACCUCAGCAGCAUCUGGAACAUUCUGGAUCUGGUGGUCAUCUUGCUCUCUGUUGUGGCUGUGGGCUUCCACAUAUCCUGAACCCUUGAGGUGAACCGACUGAUGGGGAAGCUCCUGCAGCAGCCAAACGCAUAUGCUGACUUCAAGUUCCUUGCCUUCUGUCAGACACAGUACAACAACAUGAAUGCUGUCAACCUGUUCUUUGCCUGGAUCAAGGUAUUUAAGUACAUCAGCUUCAACAAAACUAUGACUCAGCUCUCCUCCACGCUGGCCCGCUGUGCCAAGGACAUCCUGGGCUUUGCCGUCAUGUUCUUCAUAGUAUUUUUCGCCUAUGCCCAACUUGGCUACCUGCUUUUCGGGACCCAAGUGGAAAACUUCAGCGCUUUCAUCAAGUGCAUGUACUGGUUUCUUGGUUUCACCCAGUUCCGGAUCAUCCUUGGGGACUUUGACUACAACGCCAUCGACAAUGCCAACUGCAUCCUGGGACCUGCCUACUUUGUCACCUACAUCUUCUUUGUCUUCUUUGUGCUCCUGAACAUGUUCCUGGCCAUCAUCAAUGACACAUACUCAGAGGUCAAGGAGGAGUUGGCUGGACAGAAGGAUGAGCUGCAACUUUCUGACCUCCUGAAACAGGGCUACAACAAAAUCCUACAGAGGCUACGUCUGAGGAAGGAGCAGGUUUCAGAUGUGCAGAAAGUCCUGCAUGGUGGGGAGCAGGAGAUCCAGUUCAAGGAUUUCACCAACACCUUAAGGGAGCUGGGGCACGCAGAGCAUGAGAUCACUGAGCUCACAGCCACCUUCACCAGGUUUGACCAAGAUGGGAAUUGCAUCCUGGAUGAGAAAGUGCAGGAACAAAUGCAACAGGACCUGGAGGAGGAAAGGGUGGCCCUCAACGCUGAGAUUAAGAACCUGGGCCGGUCCAUUGUGAGUAGCCCAUCAGGCGAGUCGGGUCCAGAAGCUGCCAGACCAGGUGGUGGGAUUUCAGGAGAAGAAUUCUACAUGCUCACAAAGAGAGUUCUCCAGCUGGAGACUGUCGUGGAAGGAGUCAUCCAGGUUGAUGCUGUGGGCUCCAGGCUGAAGAUGCUGGAGAGGAAGGGGCAGCUGGCUUCCUCCGUAGGCAGGGGGGAACAAGGCAUUUGGGGGCACCUGCAGCCAGCCCCAGCUGUGACUCCAGCCAUCUGGGGAGCCCAGGGCACACAGGAGAGGGGUCGGGGAGAGAUCGUAGAGCAUCAGACAGCAGGUUCUUCUCUCACUGCCUCUCCAGAGACCCCCUCAACCCACACCCUCCACCUCUAGGGCAGCAAUUCCCACUGCUGCUGCCGCCCAGCCACACACUGUG